CUCCCUUCUACUUCCCCUUGACUUAUCUUGAGCAGAAACAGAAAUCAAACACUUCCUUUCACCAUGGCAUCUUCCAAGCUCAGCUGAAGUCAUCUGUUCUGUUCAAAAAUCAGAGUUUUAGGAAUGCUGCCACCUAUUCUCGGUACCUUCGUCACUUCCGCGAUCGACCUCUUUAUCCAUCAUUCUCCAUUCAGGCAACUGCUUUCUCCAAAUACGACAUGAAUAUUCCUGCCUAUCUUCAUAAGUUAGGAUGGGAAUCUCUGGUGUCUGACCUGAGGUUCAGUCAAUGCCCUGAGGCCGUACGUCUCUUUUAUGUCAAUCUUCGCAGGGGUCCAGGAAGUGAUCCUUCCUUCUUCACUACUCUAGUCUAUGAUUAUGAAAUCAAAGUGACCCCUGAGAUGCUGGCAUCAGUGCUGGAAAUACCCCAUGCUGGGAUUAGGGCUGGCACGGACAGUGAAUUCCAACAUUUUGGCUUCCGGUUUGAUCACGCUCUUGCUUCUCUGACGCGUGAUAUAGGACGCUGGUUCGCCUCCCCACUUGCUGCUGGGAAACUCCUAGACGACCUCAAGGUCCUGUUUUUCUUUCUCACUCGAUGGUUUCUACCUCGUGAUCUCGCCACAGAUCUUAUCCAUUCCCCUGAUCUCUGGGUGAUCUUUAAUGCGCGGGCUGGUCGUCGUAUUAGCUACGCCUCUCUCAUGUUCCAGCAUAUGAUCAAGUUUGGGUCGGAGUACUAUAGUGGUCCGCUGGCAUUCGGUCCCCAAAUUACUCGUCUCCUGUACCGGUUGGAGAUUGAUUUGCGUGACAAAGUCAUUGUGUGCGAUGUGCUCGAUGACUUGCGUCCUCAACAUGUUCUCGAACGUGUGGAUGCCUUGGUUGGUCCCCGUAAGCCUAUCACUGGCUCAGGGGGAGUGGCCAGUCAGCAACAAAUGGUUUCUUCGGCCUUGGUCAAUGCAGCAGCUGCAGCAUACAAGCAAGAGGCCAGUGCCAAGAGCGGCCCAAAAAGGAGGAUGCUGAUUGAAAAAGAUUUGAUGUUGCCAAAGUUUAUCUACGAAUCUAAUCAAAUUAGUGACCCAAUCAGUCCUGACUCUCAUUCUGGUGAUGAGGAUGAUCGAGUUUCAAGCUAUGUCUCGCCUCCAAAUUAUCCCUUCUAGAAGAAAGUCUACCAGAAGUGUCUAAGGUCUAGGAACUGAGUGUAGUUGUGCGAUGGUCUGCUGUGAUGGUUGAGUUAGUGUCGAGGAUUUUGUUUUGAUCUAGAAAUUUGAGAAAGAUGAAUAAAAGACAAGAUGAAUA